ACCGCUUAUCAUUCCGGACUACAUUUACACCCACCCAAGCGAUAACUCUAAUUUUUGUGAACAACAGCAAAGAAGUCCUGUUUGUUUACUCUUUACUGCUUUAGCGAUUUCGGAUUUGUGUCAUCGCGUCAUUCACAUUUUUCUUUGUCUUUUAAUUAUGGUGUGAAGAAAUUAGGGUACAAAAUGUCGAACACAAGAAAUCCUAAAGAUAUCCGUGACUUGGUGAAUAACAGCGAGCGGGAUAUGGGAGAUAUGAAAAGUAAUCUAGACAAACUAAAGAAUUUAUCUGAAGAUGACAAGAAAGAAAAUGCAAUGUUAAGAUCCCGAAUUGAUGAGCAAUGUCAACUGAUUAUGAUCCUUAAACAGAGAGCAGAUGAUGUGCAGGGCAAGUCUUCUACCCUGGAGCGAAUCAAUAAAGAAUUAAUAGAAUUUCGGGGCAAUGCUCAGGAAAUGUUGAAUGCAGAAAUAAGAAAAAAUACACUGCUUGAGAAACGUUUUGAUGAGCUUGCAUCGAAUCACCAGGAAAUGAUUAAGAUUAAAGAUGAAUACAAGCGCUCCAAUCAAGAUCUUCGACAAGAAAACUCGAGACUCAGGGAUGAAAACGCUCGGUUGUUUUCGGGUGCAAUAACUGAGAAAGACCAGCAGAUUGCGGACUUGGAGAAAAGACUUGCAGGUUUAAAAGAACAGAGCAGUAGUCAAGAGAUCAGGCAAAGACAGAGUAUUCAAGAUCUGAAGGUCCAGGAACAGGAACUGCAGAGGAAGGUGGAGACAUUACAGGAACAGUAUAAAACUGACGUAAAAAACCUCAACAGCAAACUCCAAGAGGCAGAGGAAAGGUUAAAAGGUGCUAAUUAUAAGUUACAGAACCAGCUGGAUAACAAAAGAUCAGCUGAUCAGGAAUCUCAAACCAAAAUCCAGUCCCUCACGAAGGAGAAGGAUGAACUGCUAGACCUUGCCAUGCAAAGGGGAAAGAUUAUUCAGAAAGAACAAUCUGAAAACAAGAAGCUACAGAAAAAGAUGGAGGAGAUGGAGAAAUCAAUCCGCAGCAUGGAAGACAAAUUUGAGAGAGAGGCAGCUACAGUUAAUGCUAAUCUGCAGGUGCGGAAAUUACGAGACGAACUCAGCUCGACUGAAGCACGCUGUAAAGAAGUAAUGAGGGAUUUUGAAACCUUUAAGAAAUACUCCAACACACUCCUGCAGAAGGAAAAAGAAAUUAACGAACGACUCCGACAUCUGGCAGAGUGAUCUCCCUUCACGACUUUGUGCAAAAAAAAAAAAUAAUAAUCCAAUGCCGAGCAAGUGACACAGGGAUGAUUGGGAGUAUUGGUGACAUAUUAAUGUGAGCAUCAGCAUUUGAAGAUUUUUAGCAACUGAACAGGAAGUGCACAUACAUAUGCUGUUUGGUCAUUCUGUCCUAAAGCAUUGUUAGUUUGGCAGUGCCUUAUCAUUGUUCUGAUACAUGUGAUUAUAUACAACCCAAGAUCACUGUGAAUUACUAAACAGACAUCCGAAAUAUUUCAAACUGCUGAUAAAUAAAACAAGUAUUAUACAGUCAAACCUCAUUAUCUUGAUGGGAACAAGAUAAACACUUCGAGAUAUCCGAGGAUUUGAGAUACAUGAAAAUGUUCUAGUUGGGACUUCCAACUCACUUGGAAAUAUCCAUGGUAUUCGAAAUAUCGAUGUUCAAGAUACUGAAGUUCAACUGUAGAUCAAAAGAUGUUAAUUGGUUACUUUGAUAGCAAGACCUAAUAGUGUUCUGUAUGUACAGAAGCAUGCAUAAUGAUAAAACUUUAAUUAACUGAAAACGGUAAAACACGCUUACAGCAAAGUGCUAGGGAUGAACAAUUCUGAUACGUUAUAAAUAUUAUUCGUUUUAUUUGACGAGUUCUUAAUUUGUUUUAAAACUACAGAGAAUGAAAAUCACUUUGCUAUAAGCGUGAAUUCGUUUUAAGUGUGUUCGCUGUAACCAUGUUUUACUGUAGUGAAAAUAUGCUUGUUAGUAUACUUAUAUAUACAUGCAUUAUAAUCGGUACUGCUGAAAUAUUACAAUUGUGAUAUUUUAUUUUUAAAUCAAUUUACUUGC